UUUCCGGGGUUGCCCCUCCAGUGCACGACUAGGAUAGCCUACAUUUUCGCGAAGCUGAUUUCCUGAGAAGUCUGCUGGAUCAUCAAAUCUGAUCAUUUGUGCGGGGUUUUGCCUUGGCUUUUCCGUAAGCCGAGCCUACUCCGGUGACUGCAUUGUAGCAGGUCAAAGGGUAACACGUAUUUAGUGAUGUAUUAAAAUUAGUUCGGCGGCUCUCCCCAGUUCAACUGCCUUGUUUUCGUGCUGCAGCUGGAUUAGGAAAUGUCUGGUUGAAGAAUUCCUGACCAAAAAAGGCACCCCGUUUGUAAUGAUUGAUUAGAGAAACAACAAUGGCAUCGAAGGCUCAGGUUUUGUAUGACUUCACUGCUGAACCAGGAAAUACCGAGCUGUCUGUGAGGGAGGGGGAGACCCUUACUGUCACCAACCAGAGCAUUGGAGGAGGAUGGAUCGAAGUACAGAACUCCAAAGGAGAGGUGGGCCUGGUCCCAGAGGACUACAUUGAGAUCGGUAAGCCAGGAGGAGGGGGAGGACCACCAGCACUGGAUCUGUCCUUCUUUGACUCACAGCCCGCCGCAGCCACCAGCACAACCACACACAGCCAGGUGAUCCUAGCUCAGCCGGAGACUCCCGACACCUCGGCUCUCUCCCCCGACACACCUGAUGAGGCGAGCAAUGGAAAUGACCCGUGGGCAGCGUUCUCCACUAAUGCCAACGCGGGGUUCUCCAACAACUGGGCGGCCCAGCCACAGGGCACAGAGACGGGCAGGACCAGCACACACGACCCCUGGGGCUCUGCAGCCCCACCCCACCCACAGGCCUACCAGGGCCCAGACAUAUACCCAUAUCCCUACCUCAUUGACACAGGAGCAGAUGAUGACGAGUGGGAUGAUGAGUGGGAUGACAAGUCGACAGGUGGCUACGGCGAAUCAGAGGGAGGGGAGGGCGGGGCCAUCAACAGAGGAGGGGCCACUGGAACCUCCAUGAAAAUCAAACAGCAAACUGUGAAGAACCAGACCCUUUGGUUCCCGAGCUUCUCUAAGUCUGGCCCUGAGCUGUAUCUUCUCUCCAAACCUGCACCCAAAGGCAAGGACAGACUGCUAAUCUACAUGGGAGAGGUUGGUCCCAUCUGGUCGUACCCCGAGGCUGCGCUGGACUGUGUUGUUGCGGACCCUAAGAAAGGCACCAAGAUGUACGGCCUUAAGAGCUACAUCGAGUACCAGGUCUCCCCCAAUACCACCAACAGACCUGUCAAUCACAGAUACAAGCAUUUCGAUUGGCUGUAUGAGAGGCUUCUGGAUAAGUUUGGUUCAGCAGUCCCCAUCCCAUCUCUCCCUGAUAAACAGGUGACAGGGCGUUUUGAAGAGGAGUUUAUUAAGAUGCGGAUGGAGAGGCUGCAGGGCUGGAUGACGCGCAUGUGCCGACACCCUGUCAUCGCCACCAGCGAGGUCUUCCAGCUCUUCCUGUCCUACAAGGACGAGAAGGACUGGAAGAUGGGGAAGAGGAAAGCAGAGAAGGACGAGGCGGUGGGCGCCAUGAUCUUCUCCACCAUCGACCCCGAGGGUCUGCCUGAUCUGGACCCUAUUGAUGUAGAACAUAAGUGUGAGCAGUUUACCAGGUUUACUAGGGCGAUGGAUGAUGGUGUGAAAGACCUACUGACAGUUGGACAGGAGCACUGGAAGAGAUGUACAGGACCCCUGCCUAAAGAGUACCAGCGGAUUGGAAAGGCCUUCCAGAACCUCUCAUCAGUCUUCAACACCAGUGGAUAUGAAGGGGAGGCCACUCUGACUGAUGCGCUGACACAAGCAGGGAAGACCUAUGAGGAUAUCGCUCUGAUGGUGGCCGAGCAGCCCAAAAAAGACCUGCACUAUCUCAUGGAGACCAACAACGAGUACAAGGGACUUCUGGGAUGCUUCCCCGACACCAUCGGAGUCCACAAGUCUGCCAUAGAGAAAGUGAAAGAAGGGGACAAACUGGUGGCCACCAGUAAAAUCACACCUGGCGACAAGAUCACCAUGGCCAAGAGAGCAAGCACCAUGUCAUACGCAUUACAAGCUGAGAUGAAUCAUUUCCACAGCAACCGUAUCUAUGACUACAACCGUGUGAUGAGGUUGUACCUGGAGGAGCAGGUGAAGUUCUAUGAAACGAUCGCUGAGAAGCUGAAGCAUGCGCACAGCCAGUUUACCGCCAUGUGAGAGAGAUCACUGAAGCCAACCGACCACAGCACUAAACAUGUCUCUUCAUCGCUCGCUCUCUCUCUCUCUCUCCCUCCCUCCCUCUCUCCCUCUCUCUCUCUCCCUCCCUCUCUCUCUCGCUCUCUCUCUCUCUCUCUCUCUGCUCUCUUCCAUCUGCAUCUCUCCCUCCGCCUCUCUCAGUGGCGCCAAAUCAGGUUUUUUAUACACACACACACACACACACACUGACCCUUGGCUCUUAGGAUGCCGUGAGGUGAGUGGAUAGUGUGUGUGUGUGUGUGUGUAUGUG